CAGUUCUUAAUACAUUCUUCUUUACAAGAGGCCUAUAUCUGUAAAAACAAAUCUUUGCGCUUAUUGCCUAACAGUUGCUAACUGGUUAAUAAUAUUGUCCAGAAGGAGGAUGGAUUAACGGUAUUGUGGAAUGUCAAACAUUUUUGAGCCCUCGGAGGGUUGAGAUUAACCGCCUGACCGGAUAGGCUCCAGCUGGAGGUCGCAGCGAGAGUUGCGCAGUACCUGACAAGCAACGAGGCUGCUUCGGCAACUGAGUAGGAAAUAAAUGUGCCGAACAUAUUAAAGCCCUCGAGUAAUAUUUUUUUUUCGGUUGUAGAGUUCUAAAUAGAUAUUUGGAAAUCUAUUUAGCUUUCAAUAUACAAUAGGUAUAGGACAAUAAGUAUCAUGUACACAAAGAACUACAAAUUAAACUAAAAUAGUCCGAGUAUUUUCAAAAUACAGCAGAAUAAGGUUCUUAAAAUACAUCCGACUAUUGUUCAGUGCAGAAUGGAAUCCACGCGUCGCUCCAGUGGGCAGGUGGAUUUUUACGCGAGCUGAACGCGCACAAUGGCACGUCUGUCUCGAGCCACAGGUUGUAGCUGAGCUCAGGUACUGUAAUAUGAGCCCAAACCAUGUGAUCACCAGUGGGAAUUUAGGAGGAAGAAAAAAAAAAACAUCAACGUAUGUGUUGAAUGAUCUCGACAUACCCGUGAGUACGUAUGUGUUUCGCGAGUCGACCAGGACCAGGACAGAAGCCGGCGAGCAGCGUUUGGCCACAAGCAAAAUGCCCGUUAACACAAAACACGAGUGUGGAGGCAGAUUCGCUUUAGUAAACGAAUUCAACUGUUAAGGUGAAGCGGAAGCGACCUAUGAUCGGUCAAACUGGAUGUACCUUCCUACUGAAACCAGAAGAGCCCGAACGUCUUUGGAAAGUGCGCGGACAGAGCACGCCACCAGUGUUGUGGUCCUGUCAGGGCUUGCCAUGGUGUGUUGGUCGCUGCUGAUCAGUGCGCCCCAGGCCUGAGCCUCUGGGUGGAUGAAGGCAGCGUUUGCCUACAAAUGGACUCCACUCCAGCCACAAUGGUGCAGGUGUGGUUAGCCACAGGGAGUGCUUUGCUUCUAGUUAUUGGAACUGCGUCGGCCCAGGAACCUACCACAGUAACGACUACAACUCCCAGCCCUGGGCCCAAUGUUGUGGCGAUCGUGGUGCCCAUAGUGGUGGUGGUGGUGCUGCUGCUAGUCGGGCUGCUCAUCUUCCUCUUCUGCGUGGUGAAGAAGAAGCGGCAGACAGAGGGCACAUACCAGCCCAGCGCCGAGGAGCAGAGUGGGGCACGCAGCGUGGAGGUGCCCAACACCCUCAAGCUGCCCAAGGAGGAGAGACUCAUCUGAGGUGCCCGGCAGCCACUCCCAGCUGCCGUUCCCCCGCCAUGGUGCUGCUCCUGGGCCUGGCCCGCCACCACACCUGCCUCCCUCUCGCUACCGUAGGGGAAGAGUCCAUUUCCAACAAAACGAACAUGAUUAUUUUCUAAUGAAUCGCAGAAGCACAUGAGUGGGACUGGGAGGCGUUUCUGCACAGCUGAAGAUGGGAACGGACGCUCUUCUUAAAACACCUGGCUCUGGUCUGGAAGACUCAGACAAUCUAGAAAACGCUCCCCGCAGGAGUCCUGCGGACAAACACAGACUGCUUUACCAGACUAGUCCAUCUGAAAACCCUGCAGAGAUCCUAGGGUACGGGCAGGCACAAACGUAUGCAAGUGGUCUUGCAAACAGUCUGGCUUUGAACAGACAAUGACCAAAGCUAUCUGGGCUGAUUAGUUCAUAGAUGUGGUACAAAGUGCCAGCAGCAUCUAUAAGGAGAGCCUCCAGAGGUACUUACCUUGGCAGUUCACGACGCACUCGGUUUUUCCUGUUCUUAAGAGUAUAUUGUUACAAUUUCAUUUCAGAUUUUUAAGCGUUGAUUGAAGUUGCUUUGAUUUGCCUGAUGAAGUAUGUGUUGUGUAGUUCAAAAAUGUUUUUCAUAUAAUUUUUAAAAAAUCUAUAAUUUUAAAGACGUUUAUCCAGAUACUCAUAUUGAUCUAAUGUUAGCAAUGCCGAUGCUGGAAGCAUGAUGGUCAGAGAUGAAGUGUUCAUCAGGUUCUUUAUACCAACAGUGAUUGUUUACCUCAGUUUUCACCAUCAACAGAAUACGUGCAACAAUAUUUAUCUGAAAACUCCCACAGUACAGCAAUGAAUUGUAUCUAGGAAAUACAUUAUUUAAUCAAAUACUACAAAUUUAAUCAAACACAUAAUGAAUAUACUUGAAUUAUUUUCUUAUCGCAGAUUCUUUUUAACCUGUAGAUAUUUGAUCCUUUCAUUCAUUCAUUCAUUCAUUCAUUCAUUCAUUCCCUGUCAUUCCUUGUUUCCAGUCAUGAAGAGUAGAUGUGUGCUGUGUAUUAAGUCCUUAUUUUUAUGUGCAGUCAAAUCGUAGCUUACCCUUAUGUCCAGCAUUUCCCGUGAUAGUCUGGACCAUGUUUGUGAACGUACACUGCAGCUGUCUCAAAAAAUUGCUUGUCUAAACACUGAUAAAGGAGAGAAUCACUGACCUGAGCCUGCUUCUCACAGCCUUAGACAUUUUGUCAAGGAGUUUUAUAAG